AUGAAGCCAGCAGGGUCCAAUAUCCUGAGGACUGCAUUCUAUGGAUUUCAAGGCCAUUUUGGAAACAGGGGACAAGAUGGUGCUCUUGGAGCUCAGGGACCAGUGGGUACAAAUGGAACAGUUGGAGAUACAGGACCACUAGGACCAAAAGGAUUAUCUGGGAAAACAGGGUCUCCUGGCCUUCAAGGGUCUGUUGGGAAAAGUGGAGAACCUGGCCUCAGAGGAUUGAAGGGAACUCUAGGAAAGCCAGGAAACAGAGGGACUGCAGGUAAACAGGGUCCCAGGGGACUUACAGGGAGUAAAGGAUUAAAGGGUAAAAGAGGGGAGGAAGGGCCAAGAGGAAAGCUAGGUCCUACAGGUGAGAUGGGCCCGCCAGGACCAAAAGGAUACACAGGACCUCCUGGUAUUCAGGGCAACAUUGGACCGUGGGGUGAGGCUGGGCCACGUGGUGCUCCAGGUGACAAAGGGCCAGAAGGUCCUGCAGGCCCUGCUGGAGUUACAGGAUACCCUGGUAAAGAUGGAACUCAAGGACCAACUGGAUCAGCUGGUGUUAAAGGCGAUAAGGGAUCUAGAGGCUCUAGAGGGCAAACGGGAGAUGUCGGUCUCGAUGGUGAGGAGGGUCCAGUUGGUCUGGAAGGACUAAAGGGGCCUUUUGGCCAAAAAGGCAUAUCUGGUAAUAAGGGGAAAACUGGAUUUCCUGGACAGAAAGGAGCAAAUGGAGUUGAAGAUGAAAAAGGCAACCGAGGGCAGCAGGGACCAAAGGGGUCACCAGGGAAACAGGGAUACGGGGGACCUCCAGGAGAAAGGGGAGGACAGGGAGAUCCAGGGCCAAAAGGUGCACCAGGCACCAGGGGUUCAUCAGGAAAACCAGGACAGUUUGGACCUGUUGGCAGCACUGGGGUAUCAGGAGCUAAAGGCCAGAAAGGGCUACCAGGACACACUGGCCCUCCAGGUCAUAUAGGUCCCCCAGGACAAAUUGGACCAUCAUUUUCUGGUUUGCCAGGCAAGAAAGGUGAUGAGGGCAAAGCAGGAAUCCCUGGACCAAAGGGCAGUGAUGGUGAGAAAGGCGUUACUGGUCUACCAGGCAUUAACGGAGAAAUAGGCCUAAAAAGUCAAAAGGGUGCCAAGGGGGAACCUGGGAGACAAGGCAAAGUGGGAAAAGUGGGAAAGAUGGGGUCCAUUGGGUCUCCAGGUGCUAAAGGUCCUCUUGGACCUGCUGGUCCUCCAGGUCCCCCAGGAUUAAUUAAAGGCAUUCAGGGGCCGAAGGGGAAAAAAGGCCAGCGUGGAAGGAGGGGGACAAAAGGAACCGCUGGAAAAAAUGGAGUCAAAGGACAGCCAGGAAAGCCAGGACUUCCCGGACCAACUGGAAAACCAGCAAGGCCAGAGUGGUUUGGAUGGUUUGCUGGGAGUUGAGGGUAAUGAAGGGGAUCCGGGGGAUAUUGGUUUCAGAGGAGCUCAUGGAACACCAGGCAGACCAGGCAAG